AUGAAGCGGAAAACUAACCCAGCAGAGCCGGUGCCGCUGCCUACCUGCACGGCAGUGGGGCCAGAGGACAUGGUGCUGGUCGCGUGCACGUCGGGCGAGACGUUCCUCGUGGAGCGUAACUGCGCCAUCGUUAGCGGCCACUGUCGUGACUUGUUGCAAGUCUGGGAAAGUGCCGUGCGCCGCGUCGUGUUGCAAAGUCGAAAUGAGGAGAGCACCAUGAGUGACGGCGCGACAGCGGAGAUCACCGUGGUGCCUUGCAUGGAAACAGACUCACACAGCCGAGACACUGGCAGCCUGCUUGCCACCGACCCCACCGUAAUAGCGUUCAUGCCGUUCACGGAUGCUGAUGAUGCCUCGCCUCUCGAAGCAAUUCGUCACAUCCCAGUCACUCUAGUCGCCGAGCACUACCAGAAGCGUCUGGGAGCGGUGGAGGCCAUCUCGCCAAGCAAGGCAGACCGUCCGCCGUCGAAGCCGGCGUCCAGCUAUGGCGACCGCAAGGGGGCGCCAGUCAUCGUCCCAAAGCCCAUCAGCCCGCUGGCGCCCAUGGAGAGCGCCGAUGGGACACUGAUGUACCCGGUCGUGGUGAUACCCUAUAUGACCCCCGAGCUCAUGGAGGCGGCGCUAUCGUACGCGCAUAGAAAGUACAGAAUCGACAUGGACGGCGAGAAGCCGGGAGCGGAGUCGACUGCGGCGGUCACCGUUGCCUCAGCAGAGGGCCGCUGGCGACUGAUAGCGGCCUCUGUGCUGACCGGCAUGUGA